UACCCAUGGCAACGGCCGGCGCGCGGCCCUUCGGCCCGGCGCCAUGGCGGCCGCCGGCAGCCCCAGCGUCUUCCUGCUGGCGGUCAGCGGGCAGAUCGAGAGCGGGCAGUUCCCUGGAUUUGAUGACCUCUACUGCAAGUUCUGCUUCGUGUACGGCCAAGACUGGGUUCCCACAGCAGGCCUGGAGGAGGGCAUCUCCCAGAUCACCUCCAAGAGCGACGUCGCGCCCACCAUGCUCGUCUGGAACUUCCCCAUCAACAUUACCUUCAAGAGCACCAACCCGUCCGGCUGGCCGCAGAUUGUAGUGAGCGUCUACGGACCUGACUUUUUUGGAAACGAUGUGGUCAGAGGUUAUGGAGCUGUUCACGUUCCCUUCACGCCCGGAAGGCAUACAAGAACCAUCCCUAUGUUUGUUCCGGAGUCCACAUCUAGGCUGCAGAAGUUUACAAGUUGGUUCACAGGGAGACGUCCGGAAUUCACUGACCCCAGAGUGGUAGCACAGGGAGAAGGAAGAGAAGUAACGAGGGUGCGAUCACAAGGCUUUGUCACCAUUUCCUUCAACGUAGUGACCAAAGAUAUGAAGAAGCUGGGCUACGACGUGAGCCCCAGCGACAUGCAGACCCCUUCUCUGGUGCCCGUUGCAGAAGGGAUUCCUAAGUAUUGAACUCGGGUGUGAGAUGUUCGAAGGCUCGGGGAGAAGUUACGUACCUCGGGGCUUUUUGUGGCAAAGGGAAAUGAGUAUCUGACUAAGCUGAGAAAAUGUCACUUGAGACCCUUAUUCGUUGCAAGAGAAACACAAGCCCCUGAGGCUUUGGAAUAAUUACGUAAGUAUAAUCCUUUCAGUAAGCAUACAGGUGAAGUAUUAUGUAAAUUCAUGUAAUCAGAUAAUAUUUAGCAUUUUUAUGAGUAAUAGCAGACUAUCUCAGAAUGAGACCUGUAACAAAUUAUUUUUAUAACAGCCUUUUGUACACUCUUUAUAUACUUAAAGAAUAGCAAAGUUUAUAGCUGUAGCAGUUUUCCUGUGUUUAAAACCUCACUGCAAACCCGGUUCUGUUUACGAAUGGUUUUUAUGGUAGAAAGGAGAGAUUGAAAUUAUUGCCCCUUCCAAAAAGGAGGGGAUAUGGAGACGUUCCAAAGAAACACACGCACUUCCCUGGGCCACAAAAGCAGCCGCAGGUUUCGUUAUAAUUCCCACAUAGUCCUUUAGAGUUUGUGCAACUACUUAAAAUAGCUCACGCACUGCAGAAACAAACCUUUCCACAUUUUCAGUGAAGCAACCUGGGCUUUUGCGUUUAGAACAAGAUGGUGACUCUUCCAAAUUUUUAUCUCUGCAUCAAGCUUCUGGAAGAAAAAGAAAAAGACAGCAGUUUAUUUUAGAGGCGCUGGAGAGACCACGGCGUUAAACAGAUCCUUGCGGCAUGGGUUUAACUUCUGGUAAAACAUGUUGCAUUUUAAGUGCAGGCAUUGCCUGAAAAAAACAAACCUUAGAGAACGCUUUGCAAAGAAAGCGGCGUCUCGGUAAGCCAGCUCUGCGCGCAGUCCUAAGCCACGUUUGGCUCCAAGUGAGGUACCAGAGGCGCCGCGCGGUGCAGGAGAGCGGGGAGCAGCAGAAGGGUCCCGCUCCUCCCUCCAGCCCGUACCCUACACGGGUGGGCUCCCUGCUGCGGCUUCCCUGAGCUGGUUUCUUAGCAAAAGGCAGGCAGUAAAAAAGCAACAUAGCGAUGUCCAAGUCUCGGGUUUUUCCUUCCCGUGGCACAACCUCAGAGGAGGACGGAAACGUGGUGGCGGUUAGUGCGUGGCGGGCUCCAGCGCUGAUCGCGCCCUGCGGCGCGAGGGUGCAGAGCUGGCCUCUGUCUGAGGAGCUUCUCCGAUGCAUUACCCUCGCCUUUCGCUGAAUCCCUCUCUAAGCUAGCGUUAGUGCUCUUUUUAGGCUGAAUAAACCCCAUUGUCUAAAUAUAUUUAUCUUUCUAGUGCUAGGGAUUUUAUUUGUUUGUGCCAGAAGGGAGGUUUCUAAGUCCAAAAUCAUCCAAGAUCUGCUAUUCUUACAGGUACAAGAGAGAAAGAAGUGUGUGCUACAGUGAAAUGACUAAUUGCUUAGUCAUGUUCAUAUUUAAAUUCGGGCAUGUAAUCUCUUGCGUUGGACUGCAAACACCAAGGGAUGACUGAGUGACUUGACGUGAUACCGCCCUGUAACUGAACUACCAAGCCCUCGAAACGGCAGAAAUACAAGUAAUAGCAGAGAGUGGUGAACUGCAGAGCCUCCAGGGCACGUCUCAAAGCAGCCAGGGCGAGGUGGUGGUUAUUUCAUGCUGAGCAGUGUCACUGAAUAAAUACCAUUUCUGAAAAGUUAAUGUGAGCACAGUAACCAUGAUCACUGUAACUGAUCACUGUGAGCGUUAGCAUUUUUCAUACUAUUUAUAAAUGCUUUUCCGAACACA